CGCUCUCUCACCGCGCUAGCAGAAUCUUUGACCAAUGUUGUCAAUGCUCAACUGCUGUUUGAAGAUGCGACGGAGGACAAGGGACCCCUUGACUGCACCGCUUCCGAGAAUGUUCUCAUAAUGCAGGCAUUUGAAUGGCACGUACCUGACGAUCAACUCCACUGGCAGCGCCUUCGACAAUUAUUGCCGAGCCUCAAGGACAUCGGGGUUGACAAGCUCUGGAUUCCACCAGGUUGCAAGGGAAUGGACCCAUCUGCGACGGGAUACGACAUCUACGACAUGUACGACUUGGGGGAGUUCUAUCAAAAAGGAUCCCGCGCGACAAGAUGGGGACCAAAAGAGGAAUUACAAGCGCUUGUCUAUGCUGCCCGAGCUAUCGGAAUUGGGGUAUAUUGGGACACUGUGUUAAAUCAUAAAGCCGGUGCCGACUUCACCGAACGAUUCAAGGCUGUGAAAGUGGACCCGCACCAGAGAAAUGUUGAAAUUGCGCCACCAGAGGACAUUGAAGGUUGGGUUGGCUUCGACUUUCCCGGUCGCCGAGGCAAGUACAGCUCCAUGAAGUAUCACUGGCGGCACUUCACAGGGGUCGACUGGGAUAAUAUGAGCAGCCAGCAUGCAAUCUACAAGACUUGUGGAUAUCAGAAAGGCUGGGCCAUGGACGUUAGUGACGAAAAUGGCAAUUAUGAUUAUUUGAUGUUUGCCAACGUGGACCAUUCUCAUCCAGAGGUUCAAAACGAUAUCUUCAAAUGGGCUGAGUGGAUCGGAACCGAGAUUCCCAUCAGUGGCAUGCGGAUCGAUGCAGCAAAACACUACUCUGCUGCCUUUCAGAAAAAAUUUAUUGAUCAUUUGCGGGCCACCGUUGGUGCCGAUUAUGAUCUGGUGGGAGAAUACUGGAGGGGAGAGGUAGGCCUACUUCUUGAGCAUCUUAACUUGAUGGAUCACCAGAUUUCUCUGUUCGAUGUACCGCUGGUUGGUCGGUUUUCGGUUAUCUCGAACACAAAGAACGCAGACCUACGGUUGGUUUUCAAGGGCACCCUGGUGGAACAGAGACCAAGGCAUGCAGUGAAUUAUCGAUUUUUCAAUGUGGAAGGAAGCUCACGAGCCUCACAGACCCUGAUUGCACCAUUCUUCAAACCUCUUGCAUAUGCUUUGAUCCUCCUCCGAUGGCAGGGACAGCCGUGCGUCUUUUACGGCGACCUCUACGGAAUUCGGGGAGGACCCAAACCAAGACUCGGCCCUUCGUGCGGUGGGAAACUUCAAAUUCUCACCCGCGCUCGUAAAUUAUAUGCAUAUGGCAACCAGCGAGAUUAUUUUGAUAAGCGGCAGUGCAUUGGGUUCGUACGCUACGGGGACUUGCAUCAUCCCUUUGGGCUUGCGUGUGUUCUCAGCAUUGCGGCAACUUCCCAAAAGCGCAUGUACAUCGGCCUCAGCCAUGUUGGAGAAAAAUGGACCGAUAUUCUUCAGUCACAAACCGGAACGGUAGUGAUUGAUGAUGGCGGCUACGGCAUUUUUUCGGUGGCUUCAAAGAGUGUGAGUGUUUGGGUGAACUCUCGCGCGGAGGGAAGACAUAAUAUUGCUCGACAUUUGUAA